AUGUCUUCCACGACAACAGUUUCCACCGUGACCCCUGCUGGGGAGCAAUACUUGCCCACCACGGCAAAGUCCCCUGAGGCGCAGGCAGCGCUCGCUACGGGCGGAUAUGAGUUUCCUGGUAUUCCCAAGCUCGAUGACCCUUACAAAAAGCGACAAUGGCAGCUCGAGCAUAUGGCAGGUGCUUUCCGGGUUUUCGCUAGAAAGGGCUUCACAGAAGGUACCAGCGGUCAUAUCAGCGUGCGAGACCCUGUAGAUCCAUCUACUUUCUGGAUCAAUCCUAUGGGAAAACAUUUUGGCAUGCUCAAGGCCAGUGGCAUGGUACAGAUUGACGAAAAUGGGCAGGUUAUCGGCGGCAAUAAGACGGCUGUCAAUGCCGCUGGUUUCAUGAUUCAUAGUGCAAUUCACUGGGCACGUCCCGACAUCCACGCCGCAUGUCAUGCGCACUCGCCGGCUGGUAAGGCCUGGUCGACAUUCGGACGACCUCUCGACGUUAUCAACCAAGAUGCCUGCAACUUCUGGGGUACCCAGGCCGUCUACCAAAAUUUCGGCGGAGUGGUUUUGGGUGCCGAGGAAGGCGUUCGUAUUGCCGAUGCUCUGGGUCCGGCUGGUCGUGUGAUGGUGUUACAGAACCACGGUCUCUUGACCACCGGCAGUACAGUUGAUGAAGCAGCAUAUUUGUUUACAUUAAUGGAGCGCUCUUGUGAAGUGCAGAUUAUGGUCGAGAGCACUGGUCUCCCCCGCUGCGCAUCUCCAAAUGUGCUGUAUCGCUCAUAG